AUGUCAGCUCCGCGCGAGCCGCCGCUGCUGCCCCCUGCAGGUGAGGAGGAGCAGGUGUACUUCCAGAGCUACGUCCCACCAGCCAGAGAUGCCAUCCACCUGCCCAUACACGUCUUCUACAUGAUCCUGGCCUCCAUCAUCAUCGUGGCCACGCUGUACGCCAUCAUCGGACACCUCAUCAAAGACCUGAUGCACGACCUAGCAGAUUACCUGUUCGGCUUGCAGCCGGAGGAGAUCCACAUCAACCUGUGUGAGACCAGAGAUAAGUUCAUGGCGGACUGGUGUCCGGAGACGAGCCCGGAGCUGGAGGCGCUGGCCCGCGCCGAGGAGAUCCAGGUGGUGAUGGAGGGUGGCCGGUUCACCCCUGCCAUCUGGGUCAUUUCAGACGGCAUCGAGCCCCGGGCGCCGCGGUCCAGUCCGAGAGUGGCAUUCGGGAAGAACGUGUAG